CCCUCCCGGAGCCUCUCUCAAAUGGCAGAACGGCCAUCCCUAGAUAGGCAUCCCUUCUUCCACCUUCACCGACUCCGACUCCUUCUCGUCUUCCUCGCCCUCGCCCUCGUCCUCGCCCUUCCCUCGCCUUCACCCUCCUCUGCUCCUCCUCGUCGGCAUGGGCUCCUACUUAUCAUCCCCGUCACCUCGAGCCCACCCGAACUCGGCUGCCCCGUCCUCGUGCCGAUGCCACAGCGCCCCGCCGCCCGCCCGCCUGUCUCCAUGUUUCCGUCCAUCUUGCAGACUCCAUCUGAGCAGGAUUCCCCCAGGCCCAGCCCGACCAGCGCCUCCGCUCCGAACGUCAAACAUGCCGAACAAACGAGACGGAUAACCGUUUUUCUGGGCUUCUAUCUAAUACACUUUGGUCAUCCACACAUCCAUCGUGGUUGUUUAUUUCCGACGGCCUACUGAGAUCUUACAUCCCCCUCGCGGCCAUGUCGAUUCCUCGCUAACUGGGAGACCUGGAACUAGCUCCAAGAAUUGGUGGCCAUGCACCGAGGACUAGGUAAGAACAAGGUCUCACUCUCCUGAAAUUGAGAGGGAGCUGGCAGGAGCGCCUCUAGCCUGCUUACGGUAAAGAACCAACACACACACCCACACACCCACGCACACCCACACCGCGCAGCUGGGGCAUACGCACCCACACUCAUCACCACCACCACCAUCAUCACCACC